UCCUCAAGCUCUUCCUCUCUCUGCCGCCUUUGGAUCUUCUUCCUCUAAGGUCACAGAUAACUGAUAAACAUAUAAAGAAGGAGGUCCGAAGGUAGGUGAUAUAUAUAUAUAUAUAGAUGGCACCAGUUUCAUUUCCUCCGGGAUUCAGAUUCCACCCUACAGAUGAAGAGCUCGUUGCUUACUAUCUGAAAAGAAAGAUUAACGGCCUCAAGAUUGAGUUAGAGAUCAUCCCUGAAGUUGAUCUCUACAAGUGCGAACCAUGGGACUUGCCAGGGAAAUCGCUGUUACCAGGGAAAGACUUGGAGUGGUAUUUCUUCAGUCCUCGAGAUAGGAAAUAUCCAAACGGAUCAAGAACGAACAGAGCCACAAGAUCUGGGUAUUGGAAGGCCACAGGAAAAGACAGGAAAGUGAAUUCACAGAGUAGAGCAGUGGGCAUGAAGAAAACCCUAGUUUAUUAUCGAGGAAGAGCCCCACAUGGCUCUCGUACUGGUUGGGUCAUGCAUGAGUAUCGUCUUCACGAGCGAGAAUGUGAUCCUGCUUCUUCUGGCAUGCAGGAGGCAUAUUCUCUGUGCCGUGUGUUUAAGAAGAGCGCAGUGAUAAGUCCAAAGAUAGAAGAGCAGUAUGUGAGGAGCAAUCAUGGGAAUUAUCAUAAUCAGCAGCAGCAGAUGGGUAGUGAUCAGACGUCAUCAAGCAUUAAUGACUUUUACUCUGAAGGAAGAGGCGAAGACUUCGACAGCUCCAACAAUUACUUGAUGCCUCUUGAUCAUCGUCAUCAUCAUCAGUCAGCCUACAUGAUGCAGCAUCCAAAUGGGACGACCAGCAGCUUCAAUAAUGUCAAUUCUUCAUGUGGAAUCACUUCACAACAUGCGAAUCCUACUAGUUGGUCGCAGUUCUUGUCUGAUGAUCCAUUGUUAAGCCUCCCAACAACGUCUUCAUUUCCCAAUUAUGGAGCCAUAUCCUAUCCUCCCUCCAAGGUGGACAUAGCUUUAGAAUGCGCAAGGAUGCAGAAUAGGUUCAGUAUGCCUCCAUUGGAAGUGGAGGACUUCCCUCAAGUUGGGAUUUCUGAACUGAGGAUGCCACAACAACAACCUCAUCAUUCUGGGGCCAUAGUUCAUGGAAGCAGAACUGAAACAACAACAACAGAUAUUUUGCAGGAGAUUCUAUCAGUAGCUCAUGCUUCUCAGGAGCUCAUUAAUCAGAACUCAAACUAUUCAUCAGCCACCACUUGGGGCGGCGGCGGCGAAAACUAUGCUCGUGAAGAAGAUGAUGACUUCACCUUCAUGGUGGGAAGAGGAAGUGGUGAUGAUCAGAACUAUAAUUACAGCCACCAUGUGAGUGACUUGAGUUCCAUGAUGAGAGGCAUUAAUAAUAAUGAGGCUACUACAUGGGAAGAUCAGAGCACAGCCAGGCCAAUAGAGAUUGCGGAUUUGGAUGAUGAGUUCAAGGCAGAGAGGAUGGUGGAGAACUUGAGAUGGGUUGGAAUGUCAACCAAAAAUACGGAUAAGAGCUUUAUGGAAGAUCAAAAGAUUGUUCCUAUUGAGGAUAUUACAAAUUUCCAAAUAAAUAAGGAAGACAAUGACGUGCAAGCAGAAUCUGUGCAGCACCAGAGCAACGACAUGAAUGACUUCUCAUUGGGAUUCAUCAAUUAUGAUGAACCAAAUGAGAACUUCAUAGAUGAAGGUACCCCCAUGGAUGACUAUUCAAGCUCUCCAAGCUGCUUUGAGGUUGUUGAGGAAGUAAAAGUCAGCCACGGAAUGUUUGUGGCAACUCGCCAAGCAGCUGAGACAUUCUUUCACCAGAUAGUUCCUUCACAAACCCUCAAGGUUCAUCUCAACCCAAUAACGGCAACUAACACUACUCUUUCAUCAGAAAAUGCAGAAACAGCAGAGACAGAAACACUGAGAAUGGAGAACCAAGGGUCCUAUUUCACGAAACUUAAAGACUAUGUGACGGGAAAGCUAAUAAUGAAGCCUUCAAAGACCGCUAGUGCUAUUAUGUUCAUAUUUGCAUUUCUCUUGAUGCACUUUGCUUCAUAUUUGGAGGCGCAUGCGCAAAUCUUGAAACUAGAUCCUCAAGAUGAAGAUGUCAAAGAGAAACAUUGCUCUUGUGCCAGCAGCAAGAAGGAAUUCUCAUGGAAUGGGAAAGAAGGGGUUUGGUUUGUUGGUAUCAAAAGUGGAAGAGGGUUUAGUGUGGUGUUGAAGAAGAUAGGGAUUUUCCUCACAAUUUCUUUAGCACUUUGCACUAUGUGGGCUAACCACAUCACCGUUGAUUAACCCCUAAAUUAAUUAUCUGUUUUUGUUUCUGAUUAAAGGAAUCUGAAAAGGUUCAAUUCCCUAGGUUUCUCCCAGUUAAGGAGCUUGGAGGCUAAUGCAUCCCAACUUGUACUUUACUUUGACACACUCUCUUUAAUUAAGUUACUUGUACUCUAUUCUUAUAUAGAAUAACUUACCUUUACUUC